CGUACAAAUCUACUGGGGGUUUGUGCUGCUUGCUCUCUGCCAUAACUGUAGCUGUGAGUGAGAUCAGAAAGAGGCAGCAUUUCGAGCUGUGAGUAGGCUCCCAAGAUGGGUGAGAGCAAGAUAUUUAAAAAGUCCCAGAUGUCAUAUAAGUACUUUUAUCAGAAAUUAAAUCCAAAUGAUCAAAAAGACAUCAGAAUGUUGCAGAUCAUGGGGGCCAUUUCAGUAGUUGUCUUUAUUGCCCUGACGGCUAUUUACAUCCUAAAACAUGUCGCUGUAGUCAUCCCAGAGGAUGAAGAAACCAUUGUCAGCAUCUACUAUCAGGGACGUGAUCAAGUACUCUUUGACGAGAUUGUAGAAGACAGGAUUACUAAGGAAAACACUGUCAAUAGAUGUAAGGACUCAUGCAUUUUUGAACUUGUGGAAAGUGUUCCUUAUGAUAUGCCUUAUGAAAGCAACAGCACCACUGCAAAACCCUUAGACCAAGCCUGGAUGGGUCUUCUCAACAUGGCUCAGGACAGGAUUCAUAUGGUUUCCUACUAUUGGUCUCUUACUGGAAAAGAUAUAAGUGUAAAUGACACAUCUUCUGAAAAGGGUGAAGAUAUUCUGAAGAAGUUGGAAAGUUUACUUAUGGAGAAUGUCUCUGUGUAUAUAGCAACCAGUCUUCCAACUUUAGCAGUAAAAUCAACUGACCUUAAUGUUUUGGAGGCAAAAGGGGCUCAUGUAAGAAGAAUUGAUUUUGGAAAACUAACUAAUGGUGUCCUGCAUACCAAAUUCUGGAUUGUAGACAUGAAGCAUAUCUAUCUUGGCAGUGCCAAUAUGGACUGGAGGUCAUUAUCUCAGGUGAAAGAAGUUGGUGCCGUAAUAUACAACUGCAGCUGCUUAGCCCAAGAUCUCUGGAAAACAUUUAGCACUUACUGGGAUGUAGGACAUGCUAAUGCUUCCAUCCCAGACCCAUGGCCAGCCAAUUACUCCACCAACAUUAACAAGGAUCGACCUUUGGCAGUACAGUUUAAUGGAACUUUGACAAAAGUCUAUUUUUCUGCAUCUCCUCCUGCCUUUUCCCCGAAGGGUCGUACCCAUGACCUCCUUUCUGUUAUCAGCAUUAUAAAAGAUGCACAGGAAUAUGUAUAUGCUUCUGUUAUGGAAUAUUUCCCUACAAGCCGCUUCACACACCCAGCUAGAUACUGGCCAGCUAUUGAUGAUGCUCUGAGAAGUGUAGCAUUCACCCGCAAGGUAUGUGUCCGGCUUUUAAUCAGCUGCUGGCUUCACACUGACCCCUCUAUGCUCCGUUACCUGCAGUCACUGCGUGCUCUCAGUGAUCCCAAUACCCACAUCAGCAUGGAAGUGAAGCUCUUCAUUGUUCCAGUUCUGAAUCACACGAACAUUCCUUAUGGGAGAGUGAAUCACAACAAGUACAUGGUCACUGAUAAGGUGGCCUAUAUUGGGACUUCCAAUUGGUCAGAAGAUUACUUUACUACUACAGCUGGAGUAGGGCUGAUUAUCAACCAGGUCUCAACUGAUCCCUCCAAAAAGACUCUAUCAAUGCAAGAGCAAUUAAAAAAUCUUUUUGAACGAGACUGGAAUUCCAGAUACUCAGUGAAUUUGGAAGAUGGGCCUCAACAGAAAGACUGCCUAUGGAAAGGUGGAUCCCAGAGUUAAUCAGAAAGUUCAAUAUAUGUAUGUUUCUACGUGAAACUGAAGAUUUUUUAUGCGUAAAAUAAUUGGUAUUUUCAAUGAUUUGUCAAAGAAAUAAUUUCCUAGUGUUCUGAGAACUUCUCUUAUUCCAGAGCACUUGUAUAAUCAAAUCAUUUGUGACAGUGUCUAAAAUAUUCAUAUGCUGCACUUGAUUAGCUCACCAACUGUGUGAAAUAAAUAUGUCCACAUCUGGGCAACACACUAUCCAGUAUUAAGUGAUCCUUUAAGCAAUAACUUGAUCCUAAUACAAUCAAGCUUCAGAAAGACAUAGAUAUGGGCACUUAAACUCUGCGUUACCAGCCUUGAGGAGACUUUACAUGUGAACAUUAAUGUUCCAGUGACAUAGGGUUACUGAAGUCCUGACAUUAGCUGUGAGUCAAAACAGUAGAUGCCUGGGGUGCUAAAGGCCAGUUUUUAAAAAUUACCUUGGCACUAAAAAUACAGAUAAGCUGCUGGUGGGAUUGUCUAAAAAAGCUAUGUGCUGAAAUCUCAGUGGAAUCAAAAAGAGUUAAGUGACCAAGUCCUAAAUAUUAUGGCUGGCUCCUUAGAUCAGCCUGGAGGUGUCUACAUCUUUCAAGACUCCCCUCCCACCAUUAGAGGGUGGCUGGAGCCAAGAGCUGAUGCCCAAAUGGAUCUAGGGGAAAGCCACUUCCAUCCCCAGCACCAGAGGCAGGUUUGAGGCAUGGGGAGGCUGCCUUUUUAUGGGUAUCCUUUCAACAAUGCCACCAAGUGAAGGAGUCUUAAGCAGCUCAAAUACAUAGUGCUUUCUGCGGAGUAAUCUCAUAGUCCUGGUUGUCCACGCUU